AUGGCAAGGGAAGGAGAUGAGAAAUCUGGGCGGGUCGUUCUUGGAGCACUCGCGGCUGCUUUGAGAAACCCGGGGGUGGCUGUCAGGGGCGACUUCGCAAAGGCAUUGAAAUGUGUACGAGGCUUAAUCGACUUCCACUUAAUGGCGCAGUAUGGGAGUCAUACGACGAGCACACUGAAUUAUAUGGAGAGCUAUCUCGAGAAUUUCCAUAAGCACAAGGAUAUCUUUUUAGAAUUCCGGGCGUACAAGAGGACGGUUAAGGAUGCGAGAGAUCGGACAAAAGCUGUGAAGACCUCAGGCUCCCAGAGCGCUCAGCGAGGUUUGGAGGAGAUUCGCGAGAUACGGGAAAGGUCUCACUUCAACUUCAUCAAAUUGCACGUGUUAACGCACUAUCGGGAACAUGUCGAGCGCUUUGGGAGCAUUCCCCAGUACUCCACCGACAUCAGCGAACUCGCCCAUGUACGUCAGAUAAAAGAGGCAUACGGAGCAUCCAACAAGGUCGAUGCUGCAACGCAGAUACUGGACUAUGGGGGGCGGCGGUUGGCGUUAGAGAUUCGAAUGCUGAAUCUGAAAGACAUUGUUGGAGGUCCUGAGAGCACUGACGACAUCCUUUGGAGCCAUCGAGAUAACAUGAAGGAGUUACUUGAGAUUUUUAAAAUCGAAGACCGGAAAAAAACACCAAAUGAACGAUCCAUAGUAGAAGGCCGACUGCCUCUAAGGCGUCUUUGCAACCCCUCCACGAAAUCGGAAAGACUUUUCAAUAUUGCGGAUGGACUGCAAAUAAGCCAUACCACGUUAUAUCGCCUGAUAAAGGAGUAUGCAGAGGAUGCGGGAUGCUCUCAAAGCUUUGCCGGAAGCUCUGAGAGCAUUUUAGAGCGCCGGGUGGAGAUGUUCACAUGUUUGCAGGUUCCGAUACCAAUCUUCCAAAGACCUGAGGUGUACGAGGUUCACAAUAUCAGGUGUACGGGAAACGCGGCUUUUAGGAAAGGGAAAAUAAGAAAGGAUUGGGUAUGGGUGUCGGUAGCGUCCUCAGAGGAGUGGGGAGUGUUUCGGGGACGCUUACCAGGACGUGUCGAGGCUUUGUUCAAGCUGCGGGACAGUGGGGGGCGAGCACAUAGACUAUGUAUAGUGGAGCUACUCGAGGCAAAGGAUCGUGGUAUCGCUGAUAGCUCACAUGGGCUCCUGAAGGUUUGUAGGAGGAGGAGGAAGAGGAUGUGGGUCGUUAAUAUUCGGAGUAUAUUGGGAAUGGCCCAUUUGUUUGAGGUGGAGACUGGUAAUUGGUUGGUAAAUACUAGGAUAGACUUGCGUACGUGGAAUGAAUUUAGUUGA